AUGGCGCCUCCAGUCCCGCCCGCCGUCGGGCCCCGCCUCCUCUCUGGGCUCAAAGGCGAAGCGAAGGCAGACAGGCAGGUAGCAGCAGCCGGCCAUGGCUCUCCUCCACUCCACUCGUCUCGUCUCGCCUUGCAUGGCCGCUCUGUCGGCCCGGGCCAGCUCGUGGUGGGCUCAUGUGGAAAUGGGACCUCCUGAUCCCAUUCUGGGAGUGACUGAAGCCUUCAAGCGGGACACCAGCAGUAAGAAGAUGAACCUGGGAGUUGGGGCAUACCGAGAUGACAAUGGGAAGCCGUAUGUCUUGAACUGUGUUCGCAAAGCAGAGGCCCAGAUAGCUGCAAAGAAGUUGGACAAGGAAUACUUGCCCAUUGCAGGGCUGGCAGAGUUCAGCAAGGCAUCUGCUGAGCUGGCUUUGGGAGACAUGAACGAGGUUAUUCAGAGUGGCCGGUAUGUCACUGUGCAGACGAUUUCUGGAACCGGAUCUUUGAGAGUUGGUGCCAAUUUCUUGCAACGAUUCUUCAAAUAUAGCCGUGAUGUCUACCUCCCCAAACCAUCCUGGGGCAAUCACACCCCCAUCUUCAGAGAUGCUGGGAUGCAGCUCCAGAGCUACCGGUACUAUGAUCCCAAGACCUGUGGCUUUGACUUCACUGGAGCUUUGGAAGACAUUUCUAAAAUUCCGGAGCAAAGCGUCAUUCUCCUCCAUGCCUGUGCUCACAACCCAACUGGUGUGGACCCACGACAAGAGCAGUGGAAGGAGCUGGCAGCAGUAGUGAAGAAAAGGAACCUCUUUGCCUUUUUUGACAUGGCAUACCAAGGUUUUGCCAGUGGGGACAUAAACAGAGAUUCCUGGGCUGUCCGUCACUUCAUUGAACAAGGCAUUAACGUUGUGUUGUCCCAGUCUUAUGCAAAGAAUAUGGGUCUGUACGGGGAGCGUGUGGGUGCCUUUACCGUGGUUUGUAAGGAUGCCGAGGAAGCCAAGCGAGUGGAGUCCCAGCUAAAGAUUCUGAUCCGCCCCAUGUACUCCAACCCUCCAAUCAAUGGGGCUCGGAUCGCCUCUACUAUUCUCACCAGCCCUGACUUGCGCAAGGAAUGGCUGGCAGAAGUGAAGGGGAUGGCUGACCGGAUCAUUGGCAUGCGGACUCAGCUGGUGGCAAAUCUGAAAAAAGAAGGCUCCUCUCACAACUGGCAACACAUCACUGACCAGAUAGGCAUGUUCUGCUUCACGGGCCUGAAGCCUGAACAAGUGGAGCGGCUAACCAAGGAGUUCUCCAUCUACAUGACCAAGGAUGGACGCAUCUCAGUUGCAGGCGUGACAUCUGGCAACGUGGCUUACCUGGCUCACGCCAUCCAUGAGGUCUCCAAGUAAACUGGGAGUUGAGUAAGCUCGGAUGGCCUUCCCUUCCACCUUCUUUGGACACUUGGACUUCAGAGAAUGGGAGAAAUGAAGGACAGCUGUUUUCUCCAUGGCACUUAACCAUCACUGAAUGUAUUUCUGUUCUCUCCCCCCUCCCACCAGCAUUGCUUGGCUCUAGGCAAAGCUGUUGGCACACGUUCUUUUCCUGCCUUCCAAAGAACCCACCUAUAUGUUAACCAAAAAUGGACCCUUGCAUACUUCUAGAGGUUGCAAGGGAACCGGUUCAAAUAUGCCCAUCUUGAGUGUCUUGUCACCAAACAUGGUGAUGGUAGGGUGGCUACUUCAGCUCUUGUGGCAUUCUGGUCUGUCUUUUCACGAUCUUUCUUUUCCCCAUGAACAUGGACUGGUUUUCUGAGCUGAUCUCAAAGAGCAAAACAUUACAGAGGUUUGUGCUUCACAAGAGUUUUUUUUUCUUCUCCUGGGCAUUUUGGAGGGCGGUUGAACGUCCUGAUUCUUUUUUUCCCCAAGGCAGACAAGGGCAUUGAAUGUCCCUCUCCUCCCCACCCCCAGUGGCUGCAGCUAUUGAAGAGGUCUGGAUGUCCAAAGUGUGAUCUAUUUCUGAUGGCAUUUAUAAAUUGGCUGGCUUUUAAUUGAAA